AUGGACAACACAAAUACUCCUCAGCCCAUCAGGUAUCAAAUCUUACCUAGACCACCUGAAAAUAUCUGUAGAGAGAUUGUCAGAAGAGCUUUGGAGCAAGAAGGAAAAAACGAUUACGCAAGUAGUUUUACCAGCAGAAAGUCAAGGAAGAACGGAAAUCGUGCGCGAAAGUAUGCAGUAUAUAAGAAAAAUGGGCAUACCAAAACAACAAACAACGCUAAUAGAAAGCAAUCGCAAUCUAAAAUAGCCAACAGAUCCAAUGCGCGUAAAGAAGAUAAUACGAAUUUGUCUAAUGAUUCAACCGACCUGCCCAGUCCUGACAGAAUAAGAGAAAAGAUAAAACAGUUGAAAGAAAAAAAAGCACUAUUACAAGAGCUUUAUGAUCGGAAAAAAGAAGAAUUGAAGCGGGGAAAAGGAUGA